AACAGGAGCGCGAAGAGGAAGAGAGGAAGAAACGCCUGCAGUUGUAUGUGUUUAUUCUGUGCUGUGUCGCCUACCCGUUCAACGCCAAGCAGCCCACGGACAUGACCAAGAGGCAGAUCAAAGUCACCAAGCACCAACUGGACGUCAUUCAGGGGCGCUUCCAGAGCUUUCUGAAAGGAGAGCUGCAGAUAGCAGCAGACGAAGCCUUCAUCAACGCCGUGCAGAGUUAUUAUCCCUCAAGAACGAGCGCCUCGCUUCCAUGGUGACUUCCGGUGCCUGCUCCCAGCAUGACCUAAGGGAGGUCUUCAAACACAACGUGGAAAAGAGAGUCAGGUCCCUCCCGGAAAUUGACAGUCUCAGUAAGGAGACUGUGCUCACCUCCUGGAUGGCCAAGUUUGACAUGAUAAUUAAAGCAGGUGAAGAAGAUAGCAAGAGGCCAGGUCGGAUGCAGCAACCGCUCAACAGUGAGCUCAUUAUGCCUAAAGAGCAACUCUUUGACAUGUUUCAGCAAAUCUUAGGCAUCAAGAAAUUUGAGCACCAGCUGCUGUUCAAUGCACUUCAGCUGGACAGCCAAGAUGAACAAGCUGCAGCUAUCCGGAGAGAGUUGGACGGACGCAUGCAAAAGGUUGCAGAACUAGAGAGGAAUCGCAAGCUGAUGCCCAAGUUUGUGGUGAAAGAAAUGGGGUCCCUUUAUCUGGAGGAGCUUAAGACUUCAAUAAACCUCUUGAUGGCCAACCUAGAGAGUCUUCCUGUUUCAAAAUGUUCACAGGAAGGCAAAUAUGGGUUACAAAAACUCAGAAAGUACAAUCAUAGCCGGAGACGCAGCUCAGUCUUAAGGCAGGUAGCUGAGUGCAUGUCAGUUGUAUCUCGCUCGCUCGGACUGACUCCCUUUUUGGCACACUAUUUGCAAGUUUAUGGCUCUCUCAGCAGGUCUCAGAGCUCGUUAAGUGGCCGCGAUAGUGACAGUAUGGACAACGAAGUGACGCUUUCCAAGAUGGAUGUUGUCCUGUCCUUUGCUCUUGAGGUGCUGGUGAUGGAGGUGCGGGAGAUCAAACAUCUACCACCAAACAGAAUAGUUUACUGCACGAUGGAGGUGGAGGGUGGAGAAAAGCUUCAGACUGACCAAGCAGAGGCAUCAAAACCAAUGUGGGACACACAAGGGGAUUUCACAACAACACAUCCACUACCUGGUGUCAAAGUAAAGUUGUAUACAGAAUCAGCAUCUAUGCUUUCCGUAGAUGAUAAGGAACUAGGCAAGGUUGUUCUACAUCCCACAGCCAUGUCAUCCAAGGUACCUGAAUGGUACAAGAUGCAAGUUCCAAAAAAUUCACCUGAAAAUAAUCUUAGAAUUAAGAUUGCUGUCAGAAUGGAUAAACCACAAAACUUAAAACAUUGUGGCCAUCUGUAUGCUCUAGGGAAGAGUUGCUGGAAAAAGUGGAAGAAACGGUAUUUUUGUUUAGUACAAGUGUCCCAGUACACAUUUGCCAUGUGUAGCUACAGAGAGAAGAAAAGCGAACCCACCGAGAUGAUGCAGCUGGAUGGGUAUACAGUGGACUACAUUGAGGCAGUGUCAGAUCUAGAAGGUGGUAGAUUUUUCUUCAAUGCUGUAAGAGAAGGAGAAUCAAUACUUUAUGCAACAGAAGAUGAAAAUGAGUCUCAUCAGUGGGUGACGGCACUAUACCGGGCCACAGGACAGGCCCACAAGCCCACCCCUCCUGUUAUGCCUCAGGGGAAAAAUUCUACUUUAUCAAAAAUUCAAGGAGAUGCUGACAAGGCAAAGAAACAUGGAAUGGAUGAAUAUAUUGGUGCAGAUCCUGUCAGAUUUGAUCACCACAACCUUUUUAGAAUUCUACAAGGGCAAACACUAGAAUAUCGUCUUGUUGAUCCAUAUUGUUCUUUAGGAUGGUUCAGUCCUGGGCAGAUUUUUGUGUUAGAUGAGUACCAGGCUCGAUAUGGUAUGAGGGGAUGCUACCGACACUUGUGUUGUCUGGAGGAUCUCCUAGAUCGUGCUGAGAAGGGCCAGAUGAUUGACCCAACCCUAAUUCACUACUCCUUUGCCUUCUGUGCCUCCCAUGUACAUGGGAAUAGACCUGAUGGUGUGGGGACCGUCCUGGCAGAAGAGAAGGAGCACUUCCAACACAUCAAGGAGAGACUAAGAGUCUUACUUGAACACCAAAUUACAAAUUUUAUGUAUUGUUUCCCAUUUGGUCGACCAGAAGGUGCCCUUAAAGCCACAUUAUCUUUACUUGAACGGGUGUUGAUGAAGGAUAUAGUUACUCCAGUUCCACCUGAAGAAGUGAGAGGCAUGAUUAAGAAGUGCCUAGAAAAUGCUGCUCUCCUCAACUACACUCGUCUCUCAGCAGAAACCAGAAUUGAGGGUGGUGAAUCAACCCUUCAAGGAGUUGCAGAUCCAAAGGCCUGGCUUAGGAGUGAUCCUGAGCCACAUAUACUAGCAAGAUCAAGAUCAAGAUCACAAGAACAGCAGCAGCAAUGAAUGGAGGUUGCCUCAAU